AAGAAGAGAAAGAAAACAUCGGCAAACUCAAACGGAUUUUUUCUUCUGCUGCCUGUGUAACCGACAUUGGAAAUUUUUAAUCGGUGAAUAUAACUCUAAAAACUAGUUCAAAAGUCUUAUAAAUUACGUGGCCGGUGCAGUUUGCUGCGGAAGUUUUGGUUUAAAGUGAAGUUUAGUGGUUUUCGCCAACUGCAGAAGAAAUAAUUGCGUGAAUAGAAUCUCCUCAGUGGUUGUUUUCGUUUUCUGUUUUUGCUUGAAGCCGGCCUUGAGGAGAGCGAAGCGAUUUUCGUCGGAUUAUGUUUGUUUUGCUGACCCGUCAGCCAAGGAUUCCAGCGCAGUAGUGAGUAGUUUUGCAUGAAAUUGUAGGUAGAUGGAUAACUACACGGAAAGCAGUGGAGUCGAUUCAUCCCCCGACAUGAACUCCAGUGUCGAAUUACCAUCUCCGGAUCGGACGACUGUGAUGCCCCGAAAGUUGACUUUCGGAUUGUCCCCGGAGCAUGAUGCACUUAGAGGAGACUUCCGCCGAGCCGCGUUGGCUGUCAGUCCAUGUAAGCAGCCGUCUAUUUCUCCUCCGUACCGGAAAGUUCGAGCACUGCGAUUGUUCGAUUCGCCGGCUACUCCGAAGACGAUCAUUCAGAAGUCGACUAGUAAGUUUAUGAAAGCUCUUGGCAAUGCCAAGGAAUCGGACCUGGUAAAGCCAAACGAUACCAACGAAGCAGCUAUCAAUGAGAAACCUCGUGCUGUGCCCUUGCAUCGGAAUUACGAGAAUGUUAUUCCGUCCGCUAAUGUCAAUCCGUUUACUCCACCGGGAAUGUUCAUGAGAACCAAAAAACGUUUGCGACCCGGUGUGGAUGGAAGUGAAACCGUUCUGAAUGCCAGUUUUCCGACGGUUUUUCCUAGUAACAAAGUGAAUCAGCCGUCCCUACGGCAGAGUUUUGGAUAUUUCCAGAAGGCACGUAAUGAAUCGCUCAAGUCAUCCAUUCUGCUGGAAGACGAUUGCGCAGAAGUUCGACAAGCUCCAAAGCGGCUAGCUCUUCAAGAUUCAAACAUUUCGCGGUAUGAAAAAGAGUUCCUCGAGCUUACACUUCUGGGCGUUGGCGAAUUUGGAUUGGUUUAUCAAUGCAUAAACCGAUUGGACGGCUGUGUAUACGCGAUCAAGAAAAGCAUUAAACCCGUUGCGGGAAGUUCUUUUGAGAAGACGGCAUUGAACGAAGUAUACGCCCACGCUGUCCUCGGUAAGCACGACAAUGUAGUUCGAUAUUACUCCGCGUGGGCCGAAAACAAUCAUAUGCUGAUUCAGAACGAGUUCUGCAAUGGAGGAAGUCUGCAGACUUUGUUGCAGGAGAGAAUGCUCAAAGAAUCCGAACUCCGCAUGCUGUUGCUUCAUAUUUCAGAGGGUCUAAAAUACAUUCACUCGAACGAUCUCGUCCAUAUGGAUUUGAAAGCUGGAAACAUUUUCAUCACCAAAGUGCCAAUUCGUCCGUCAUGCUCUGGUCCGUCUCACCAUCCGGAUAAUGCCGACGAUGGAUUCGAAGAUAUCUUCGAAGACCUUGAAAACGAGUUCCUAAUAACAUAUAAAAUCGGUGAUCUUGGCCAUGUCACGUCGGUCAAUGAUCCACAGGUGGAGGAAGGUGACUGUCGGUACCUACCGAACGAGAUCCUCCAGGAAGACUUCUCUAACUUACCAAAGGCGGAUAUAUUUUCACUGGGUAUAACGUUGUACGAAGCGGGUGGUGGCGGCGCUUUGCCAAAGAAUGGUCCCAAGUGGCACCAACUUCGGAGUGGAUCCUUUCCGGAUCUGCCGAACAUCAGUAGAGAGUUCAAUGAACUGAUCAAGUUGAUGAUGCAUCCGGAUCCCGAGAAGCGGCCGUCGUCGACGACAAUUUUUAACCAUCAGGUUCUUUCACCAAUCGACUCCAAAAGCAAAGCGCAACUUUGUCUGGAACUCAGCUUGGAACGGCAGAAAAAUGAGGUUCUCAUGCGAAAAUUGAAGGAGCAAAGCAAAAUGCUCAAAUCCUACGAACAAGCACAAACGCCGAAUACCCGCAAAUGUAGAAAUUCCGCCACACGCGAGCUGACGGUUUCCGACCGGAAACUACGAUCAUAUUCACGGAAGAAGCGCUCCACGAAUCUCAUUACAACGCGCCGAGGAAUCCGCGACAACAGUAAGGGAAAGGAAUAUUGAAGAGUGCGUUGUGCCACACCCCGGCAUCGUCCAUCGAGGGGAAACGGAUACCACCGUACCACAGUGAAAGGCAUCAGAGAGAACCAUAGUGCGCAGAACAUCAGAAAGCCAGAAUGAACAUCAGCAACGAUAUCGAAUAUCACACAGAAGCAGAACCAUCAUGGAGAACAUCGAACUUGUUUUAUAUUUUUGGUUGUAUUUUUUUUUUAAUUUGGAAUUGUCUUUUUACUCAAAAUUUAAUAUUAUGUCACGGAUUUUUCGACUUCUUUUAUUUUCUAAAUCUUUUUCUAGUAUUUUGUUUAUUACUGUCUUGAAUUGGCUUAAAAUCCACAGAAUAAUGAUUAGGAUCGUCAGGAUUAAAAAGUGUUAUGAAGUUACUAUGUUUUGGGCUAAAGUUGAACUAAAUUAAUCGUAAAUUAUAAGCUUUCAAAAUUGUUAAUGAUAAUUUAAAAAUAAUGCAAAGAAUUUCAAGAAAAAAAACAUUAAAGCUAAGCUGUGAGACUUGUUGAUGCGAAGCGUGCCUUUCAAAAUGUGAAUCUAAGACAGUAUGUGAGGAAAAAACAGUCGAUAUUGGAGUACCUACAUUUCAAUCAAACGAAUAACCCUAAAUAUCAGAAAGAGACAACCCCCCAAUCUGGGAUAGUUAUAUAUUUAUAUAGAAAUGCGGUCCGAACCGCAGAACAAAUCUAUGUUGAACAAAAACAGAACAAAACGAAGAAAAUUUGUGAUUUUAAAAUAUAAGAACCAUCCUAACGUAGGAAAAUGUGAAGUCAAUGAAUGUAUCUUUAUUCUGGAGAUUAGUUUUCUGAUUUGUUUUUGUUCAGAAUUCACUCUUGGUAAGAAGUCGGCUAGGAUAUGAGCAGGUUUCAAUGUAGUUUGUAAAUAGUGCGUUAAGUUUCUUCCAAUGUUUGCCGCCGAAGCAGCAAGUCAUAGGUUUUAACGACGGAUCCCUAACGGUUCCGUCGGUUCUCCAUCCAUAUGCUCCAUUGCCAUAGAAUUGAACUUUAUAUAUUGUCCAAUCGGGUAACGGUUGAAUUAUUUCAACUGUUUGCGUUAGUCGCUACUUGUUUAAUGUUAGCCGAUAAGAACAAUGUUCCAAAAAGGUAUAUUUUUGAUAAGUGAUUUACAUAUAGAUAUCAAACAAAAAUGUAAAACCAACUAAAAGAGAAAAAAGAAUUUAAUAAAGAGAUAUGCCAAACAACAACAAAAA